AUGGGUGUCGAAGUUACUCCCUAUUCGCCAAGGACCGUACUUGAGACUCUUCUUACGGAUUUACCAACUUCAGAGAUAUCAAGCCAACUUGACGAUGCGACUGCUGUGUCUUUGGUCAAAUCACUGUCCACCCUCAACGAAAGCCUUCUGGUCGAGAAACCUGUAUGGCGUGACACUUUCGCGCUCACGGGAUCUUUAAGAACAUUUUAUACACCCGCGUCGAUCAUCAAAGCUUGGACAUCAACUUGUGCAACUCGCCAGUGUCAGGACUUUUCCUUCACACCAGGCCGAAUCAGGCCGGUACAGAUCGGCCCAAGUCACUGGGUCGACGUGCAUUUCACCUUUGAUGUGCGAGCAACUCCUGCUGCUCAUUGUCGAGGGGUCUUGUCCUUGAUCUGUGAUAACCAAGGUAUAUGGAAAAUAUGGUUGAUUCGAACCGUGAUCGACAAUCUUGAGGGAGCUCAAAGCGUCGACGAAAUUACGUGGAUUAACUCAAAAGAGGAUAUUUCGACCACAUCAGAAGCCGGCACUUAUGGCGUUGACAACGCCAAUGGAGUCAAUGGCAUCAAGGAAUCACCUGAGAUAUAUGAUUGUGUCAUUGUGGGUGCUGGUCAGGCAGGGUUAGGCUCUGCGGCACGUCUCCAAGCAUUGGGCGUUACAUCCUACAUCAUUCUCGAACGCAAUAGUAAAAUCGGCGAUAACUGGAUGAACCGAUAUAACUCGACUAGACUCCAUACGCCGCGCGAGUUCAGUCAUCUACCAUUUGAUCGAACAUUCACUGGAUACCAGGAGUAUUUGACAAAAUUCGACCUCGCCAAAGGAUAUCUGGACUGGGCCAGGAGAACCGGAGUUGACCAGCAUAUCUGGCCAAAGACUAACCUCGAGGCUGGAUCUUGGGACGAGCAGGACAAAUUUUGGACCCUUCAAGUCAGGCAAAGCGACGUUAAGUCUAUCCGGACUCGAAAUAUCAUCAUGGCAGUUGGGGCAUGCGGUCAAACCCCAGUUAUGCCUAAUCUACGAGGCAGACUCAAUUUCCAAGGCCUAGUGCUUCAUUCAACGGACUACAAAUCGCCAGAAGCCUGGAAAGGAAAAGCUGGCGUAAUAGUGGGGACGGCCAAUACAGCUCAUGAUGUCGCUCAGGAUAUGGUUGCAGCCGGACUGUCUUCCGUUACUAUGGUGCAAAGGGCGCGUACGUUUGUGGUGCCCGUCGAAAACUACAAAUACUUCAGUGACUUCUUAUACAAUACGACCAUACCGACAUCAGAGUCCGAUUUCGAAUUUCUGUCGACCCCUUAUGCAGUUAACCGGUUGAUUGCUAAUACAGCCCUGGCAGCUAUGGCUAAGCAAGAUCCUGCCCGAUUCGAUGCUCUCGAAGCCGCCGGCUUCCGAGUUGAACGCUACGGAGAUAUUUGGUAUCAUCUUUGUGAGAGAGGAGGCGGGCACUACGUGGAUGUUGGAUGCUCAAAGCUGAUUUCAGAAGGUGCAAUCAAGAUGAAGUCUAAUGCUAUAAUGACCCAUUUCACCCGAGCAGGUCUCGCCUUUAACGACGGAACCGAGCUCCCAGCGGACGUUAUUGUCUUUUGUACAGGCUUCAUUGGAGACGCAAAGGCAGACGUAGUGAAAAUCUUUGGCGAGAAGGUGGCCUCGAACAUCGAGAAAUACUGGGGUUUGGAUGAUGAAGGAGAGCUCAGAGGCGCCUUCAAACCUUCUGGACAUCCGGCAUUAUGGUAUAUCGGCGGUACCGUUGGCCACGCUAGGUACUUUUCCAGAUUUGUGGCAUUGCAGAUCAAAGCGUCUCUGAUGGGCACUCCGCUGCCUCAAUAUAAGUGA